AUGAUACCAGUUUCAUCAACAUUAAUAUCAAAUAAUUUAUGUACAAAAUGUUUGCUUGAUGAAAAUUAUCAAACAGAUGAAAAUAAUAAAAACGAUGAGUCCAACAAAGAAAAAGGAAAUGAUGCAAUAAUAGACGAUAAUGCUCAAUUAACAACUAUCAUCAUGUCUUCUUCAUUAUCAAUCAACUGUCAACAAUGUCAAGCAAUAUUAUCAUUAAAAGAUUUUCAAUUAACUGGACAUGAUAAUCUUUCAAUAUGUUAUAAUUGUUAUCUACAUGGUAAAGAAUAUGAACAAUUAUCGAGCAUUCAUCAAGAUAAUAGUAACUAUAAAAAAGAGCCAACAACCGUUUCAUUUGAACCAAUCAAUGGAUCCCAAACUAUUACAGAAGAAAUUAACAAUAUAAAUAAACGUGAACGGGAUAACAGUAAUCGUCAUCUACCAUUAUCAAAUGAAUUAUCAAAGAAUGACGUUACAUAUACUGCUCUUUUAAUUGCCAUCGAUUGUUGGCCGGGUGAUUGUAUUUUUGAUAGACAAGUUGCACCAGAUCGUUGUAUAAAACGUUAUGAUAACUAUCUUGCUGAUAUGAUGUCUAAAAUUAGUGGCUUGCCCAUUACUGCAGAGCAAUUACCUAAUAUCUCUCCAUAUGGUAUUGUUAUCGAUCAUAUGCAUAAUUAUGAGCGAUGUUCAGCUCGAUGUAUUGCUACUGAACAUGUUUUGUCUUGCUUCCAAUCAAGUACGUUUUUUGGUUCUAGAGUCUUGACAUCGUUUACAUCGAUGAUGAAGCCCAGAUGUCCAGAAGGAAAAAGAUUUCUAAUUGUUGGUGCAGGUCCGGCUGGUUUAUUCAUGGCCAUUCAAUGCUUAUUACGAGGACAUGCUGUCACUUUAGUUGAACGAAGAACAAUGUAUAAUCGUGCUGUCGCAUGUGGUUUGCUCGAAACAGAAAUGAAAUUCUUCCAAUUGAUAGGUUUACCUUCGUGUUUUUUUAUUCGUGCUAUACAUGAUGCUAAAGACAUAGGUGUUUACAUUGCGGAUAUCGAAGAGAUUAUGAUGAAGAUAGCCAUGAAGAUGGGAGCAUUAAUCUAUCUAGGAUGUCAAUUUGAACCUAUUCGUCAAAUGAUUUCAAGUUCUUCUGAAUCGAAACCUGGUAUUCGUUGUUGGGAUGGUUCAUCAGUUCAUCAAGAAAUCUAUACUGCUUACGAUGUUUUGGUGUAUGCUACAGGCAACACUAAAUCGAUUCCGCUAGAUUUGUUUAAAAUGGAACCACCUCGACUCUUUUCUGAGGUCUUUAAAGAAUUUCAUUAUUUAUGGUCAUCCGAUUCCGAAUCAUCUCUCUAUCAAAUAAUAGCUAAAAUCACUGUUGGGAUAGUAGAGGUUGAUAGAGAUUUUCAUGCACUUUCAGAUGAUGUACUUAAUUUUGUAGUAAAUUAUUAA